AUGUCAGUUCUAGAAUAUGCUGUAAAAUUCAAUGAGUUUGCUCGAUUUGCUCCUGAUCUAGUGUCUACGGAUCGUCAAAGGAUGAAUCAAUUUGAAGGAGGUUUGAAUCUGGAUUUUCAAGAAAGGCUUACUGAAAAUAUGAGUAAGUCCUAUCAAGAGUUGUAUGACCGAGUGAUCAAUGUUGAAAGGAAAGUGAAGCUGCGUAAGGAUGUGUAUGAGGGGGGAAAAAAAAGAAAAGCUAAAUCUUAUAAUGUCCACUCCAGCAACAACUUCAACAAAAAGCCGAACACGGGAUAUUCGGGAAAUAAUGAGAAGCAAAUUCCUCGAUGCAACAAUUGCGGAAGACAAGGCCACAUGACAAAUGAAUGUCGUAAGGGAAGUGAUCAGUGUUAUCGAUGUGGUAAACCAGGUCAUAUGAUUAAGAAUUGUCCGAUUCCAGAUUGGCGAAGUGGAAAUGUCGUUAAUCGUGGUCAAAGAAACGGUCAGAACUCUGGUUAUGGUGGAAAUAGAAGCAAUGCAAACAAGAACCUUCCACGUGGACCCCCGCAGGCUGGAAGAGUCUUUAUGAUGCAGCGUGAAGAAGCGGAAGCAGAUGAUACUGUCAUUACUAGUACUUUUGCUGUCAACUCUGUGCCUGCUUAUAUUCUUUUCGAUUCUGGAGCUUCCCAUUCGUUUAUAUCUACCGCAUUUUCUAGAAGCUUGAAUGCAAAACCAUGCUCUGAAUUCUCUGCCAUGUUUGUCACCAUCCCUAAUGGUGAAUCCAUCUUAUGUGAUGUCAUGUAUAAAAAUUGUCCUAUCCUUAUAGGAGGUUGUGAAUUUCAAGUAGACCUCGUUCGAUUUGAAUUAACCGACUUUAAUGUGAUAUUAGGAAUUAAUUGGUUAUUCCAGUACAAAGCCGACAUAAAUUGCAUUAACCAUGAAAUAACCCUCUGGAAGCCAGAUAGGUGUAAGGUUUCUUAUCAAAGAAGAAAAGUCCAAACCAAACCUGAAAUCAUCUCAACCUUGAAAGCCUUCAAGUUACUUUCAAAGGGUCAUCAUGGAUACCUUUGUAAUGUGGUAGACCUGGCCAAACCUGAACCCUCAUAA